AUGUCUAAAUCAAUUUCAAUCACCGUUUUCUUAACCUUAUUGGCUGUUACUUUUGGUGACCAUGAAAGGCCUGGUAAAUAUUUGGAACACGAUUCAACUGUAAUCAAUUGUGCUCGUUAUAAGAGGGAAGCCAAUCAACAUUCAUGUGUUCUAGCCCCUUACGCUGUUGAAGGUCCUUACUUUUUACCAGACGAUUUGGAGCGAUCAAACUUAGCUGAGGAUAAGGUUGGUGUUUCCUUGGACUUGGCUAUCAGAUUGGUCAAUUCCAAUGAUUGUACUCCAUUAACAAACAUGUUUGUCCAUGUCUGGCAUGCCGAUGCUCUAGGAGUAUACUCAGGAGUACCAGAUCUUGCUGAGUUAUUUGUAGAAAGAAUGAGACAAGAAAAUAAAACUUUACCACCUUUUUGGGGGCCUGAAGGAGCUUAUGAAGGUAGAAGACCUGGCGGACCUGGAGGACCUGGUGGCCCUGGAGGACCCGGUGGACCAGGAGAUAUGGAAAUGCCUGGCCGACCAACUCCUGUGAACAAUGAACGGUUCCUUAGAGGAUAUCAAGUUACAAAUGAAGCUGGAGAAGUUAAUUUCAAGACUAUUAUUCCUGGUUGGUAUACUGGUCGAUCCCUUCACAUCCAUGUUGAGGUUUACUCCAAAAACACUACUGAACCAGGUGAAGUCAACUACAUUGGUCAAAUAUUUUUCAAAGAUGAUUUACCAGCUGAACUUAAAUUGAUUGAACCCUAUUCAUUAAAUCAAAACAUAUUGGUUCUCAACCCACAAGACGGUAUCUAUAAUUUCGCCCACGGUGAACAAACCAAGAUUCAAUUGGAAAAUCGAGAAACAGGAUACUUUGGUUCAAUGACUUUUGGUAUUAACCCAAAUGCUCAUUAA